ACAAAAUGGCGAUCCGGCAGGACCUCCUCGGCUCCAUCGCGGGCUUCGACGGCUGGUGGGAGGCACAGCGCCGAGCCGCAGCUCCAGCCGCGCCUGCCAGCCACGCCUCCGGCAGCGCCGACCGCCGCUUCGCCGGGUAGUCUCUCCCUCCCUCCGGCGCCAACCGCCUCCAAGACCAGAGUUUCGCAUCGGGACGCGAGGCGCAGGGACGCGCCGCCGGCUCGGCCAACGCGGACCCAGCAGCAGCAGCUGCUGCUGCAACAACCGCAGCAGCAGCAGCAACCGCCACAGCCGCCGCAGCAGCAGCAACAACGGCGGCUGCGGCUUGCGCGGUCGCUGCGGUGGGCGAGGCGGGCGGAUGGGUCGCUGCUGAGGCGGGCGAGGGCGACUUUGCGGGUUUGGUCGACCCUGCGGAGGCCAGGCGGAUCGGCGACGCGGCGCUCGCGCGGCCGGCUGCCGAGCGGCGCGUGUUUGCCGAGUCAGACGCGUCCCUGUUUGCUGGCGGCGGCGGCGGGUGCGACGAGACGCUCCGUGGGGAGGGCGCGGCGCGUGGCGGUACGGAGGUUCCGCCCGAAGGUCAAGGCGCGCCCCGGGGGGAGGGCGGAGAGGCGCAGGCGGGUGCGGCUGGUGUGGGGCUGGUGUCCCCGCCACAACCACGGGGGGGCGAGGCUGCGGGCGCGGUGUCGGCGGCGGCGGGCGAGGCUGCGGCGGGGUGGGUGUCUGCGGAGGUGCGGCAGAUCACCUCCGACCUUGCGGCGGUGCGGGAGGAGGUUCGCUCGCUGGCGGCGACGCUCGCAGGCCGGCUGGCGACGGGCGACGGGCGCCGGAGAGGGGAAGAGGAGGACGAGGAGGGGGACGACGCGGCGGCAGCGGCAGUGAUGGGCGGCGGCGGCGGCGGCGGCGGCGGCGGCGGCGGCGGCGUGGGCAGCUGCUGCUCCGCUCUCCGCUCUUCCCGCUCCCAGGCGCAGCUCCGGCGAGGCGCGAGGGGAGGCACGCGCUCCGCUGCUGGCGGCGUGUACCCGAUGCCCUCUCCCGCUUCGGCCGCCGCCCGGCGCGAAGGGGCGAGCUUCCCGGAGGCGUCGUCUCCCGCGGCGGCGUCCCGCGUCGGCGGGGCUGCCGGCGGCGGCACGCGCCAAGGCGGCGGCAGGCCAUUCGACGGCCGGCGCGCGGAGCGGAGCGGGCGGGAGGCGAUGCCCGCGUCCGCGCCCGUGGCCGCGCCCGAGUCGCCCGCGUCCGGGCUCGAGUCGCGCGCCGCCGUCCGCGCCGCCCGCCGCCCCCUCAGCGGCCGCGAGAAGAGCGAGGUGCGCGCGGCGCUGUCUGUGCUCGACGAGAUCUCAGGCGAGCACGCCGCACUGUACGACAAGUGGGUCCUUGGCAUGGGCGGCUCGGCGCUGGCGGACACCUUCAGCGGCGGCGCCUCUUGCGCCUCCGCGCUGCCGGCCGCAUCGCGCGCCGCCGCCGCCGCCGCCGCCUCCUCCACUUCUG